CGAAAUAGGCUAGUUUGGCUCUUCCUGUUAGCUCCUGGAGGAUAGCGGACGAGCGGUCGAAGAAAUUACUGAUGAGUUUAUCUAAAAUUGUGCAUUGAAUUGUUCAGGAACCGUCGUGGAGAGUGCAAGGUCCACUUUAAGGAUACAAAAAUGAUCCGCUUCAUCCUCAUUCAGAACAGAGCAGGGAAGACACGACUGGCCAAAUGGUACAUGCAGUUUGAUGAUGAUGAGAAACAAAAGUUGAUUGAGGAAGUGCAUGCAGUGGUAACUGUCAGGGAUGCCAAACACACCAACUUUGUGGAGUUCAGAAACUUCAAGAUCAUUUAUCGGCGUUAUGCCGGUCUCUACUUCUGUAUUUGUGUUGAUGUGACUGAUAACAACUUGGCAUACCUUGAGGGAAUUCACAAUUUUGUAGAGGUGCUGAAUGAAUAUUUCCAUAACGUGUGCGAGUUGGACCUUGUGUUCAACUUCUACAAGGUGUACACAGUGGUGGACGAGAUGUUCCUCGCAGGAGAGAUCAGGGAGACCAGUCAGACCAAGGUCCUGAAGCAGCUUCUCAUGCUCCAGUCGCUUGAGUAGAAACUAAACCAUCAUUCCUACCUGCUCACUAAUCUGUGGCCCUGGCACCUAAACCAACCCUCUCCCUCUUCCUGUCUCUGGAAAGGAAUCCCUUUCAUUCAUUCCACAGAGCCAACACCUACACAACAUCAAGGCGGGGAUGUUUAGAAAAAGAAAUACACAAUAUUGUUUACGUAUGUUUGUUUAUGCAAUAUCGAAGUUCAGUAAAUAUCAUCGCGGUCCAUUUUAAACUAUUCUGUAUCUGUUGUACUCCUAAUGAAGUCGACCAAUACAAAGGCUGAACAUUUCAACAUGUUGACAUUUCAUAUAUUGUUACAGUCCACUUUGUAUUGGGUAAUUUUAUCCCUUAAGCCACAGGCUGCAGAUUAUUUCAUGUAGUUAGUUGUCCAUUUAUCUCUAUCGAGUGUGGAAACACUGACAUAAAUUCAUCAGGUUGACACUGCUCUCUCUCAUGCCCUCCCCCUCCUCUCCACCUUUCAUUUAAUGGCACUAUUGUAACUAACACACACCACAUAUAAAGAGCCGCCUGUAAUGAUUCUGUGCUCAUUAAGGUCUAAGAACCUUGCAGGCACUUCUAUGAAACUGUCUAAGGGAAGUCCUUGCAAGAGUGUGGUAAUGGAGUCACCAAGGCUAUUCUGCAUUUUACAUCAGGAUCACAGUACAAGCAAACUACAGCGGGGAAGCUCUUCAGAGCAAUCGACCGAGUGCGUCAAGUUCAUAAUUGACUAAAGUGUGCUUAGGAUGAGUACCAUUUUGACGGAGUGUUAGAUAACCUGCGCUGGGCCAGAUAACAGUGCACGUUACAGUCACUCGAAUGACUACAAAUGACAGCUAACUAUAACUUUCAUUGCAUUACAGACGGUGCUCAUUAGUUACACUUAAGCAAAAUUAGACCUGGGCAUGAAGUAUAUUUUAUACAAAACUGUGCUGUGAAGUUUGCGUCGUAUGGUAUGUUCAUUCAGCGUGUCAUGUGUGAUAUGAAUAUUGUGAAAUUAACACAUUUGAUUCCAGAAAAAGUGGUUCCUGUUCACUACAUGGUCUGAGCAGUAUUGACAUGUAACACUGCAUCAAAUAAACAGGUUUUUAAAGUCCUCCCUAAAAAGCCUCAUGAACUUCAAUAUAGAAAAAAAGGCUAAAACUUAAACAUUUAUAAAAUUAAUCUAAUUCACCAAUCAAAAAAAACCUGUGGUUUCAAAUGUCAAUGUUGUUGAACUCUUGUAUUUUUUUUUAUUAAGGAAUAGUGACAUAUGUACUUCCCUUCUUGUCCACCUGUUUACAGGUGAAAGAUGUUUGUAUGUAUUGUCCCCAAUUCAAUUACCAGUAUCAAUGUUCCAUUAUAUGUAAAUAAAAAAUAUGAUACAUUCA